GGUCGACGGGUGUGUGCUUGGAGAACUGACGGUUCUGUACUUUUUUCACCGCCUUUUCAUGUUCCCUUUCUUUUUUUUUUCAAAACAGUUGGAAACCAAAUUUGUUGGAUCAGUGGUCAACCAGGAUUAGAAGUCGUCGCCAGGUGAUCGCUAGAGAACGGUGAGACUGUGCUGGGACUAGGCAAGGUACAGUCAACAGACGACCCGUUUUGUCUCGGCUUGUGCAAAAAUCUCAAGAUAUCAUGGCUGCUCGUCAGCAAUUGGCAGCCCUAGUGUUGUCUGCCGUGUGUGCUUUGCAUGUCACUACAGGUCUGGUGAAGCUACAACCCCGGAUAAUAGGCGGCGCGCCUGUGUUUGACCGCUGCCGGGCGCCCUUCAACUGGAUGGUGGGACUACAGGCUCAGUCCAGCAGGGGUCCGGUCACCGUCUGCUCGGGCGUGCUCGUGUCAAGGACGUUGGUCGUCACAGCAGCCAGAUGUGCGCCUUACCUGUCUUUACCACAAACAAUGGCGAUCAUUGGUGAGAGAGACUUGGAAAUGACGGACCAAGACCAGCAGAACAUCCCGAUCGACAGCGUCAAAGUCCACAGGAACUACAAUCGCACUACUCUAGCCAACAACAUCGCGUUGAUCCGCCUCUCACGACCAGCUACGAUCACCCGCUGUGUCCAGCUCGCCGCACGCUACCAAGACGACCCGGAGGCCUGCAAUGACGUGGACAGUACCUGCACCAUGGUGGGCUGGGGGCCUUACACAGAGCAGAGCCGCCCGACCAACUCCCGUCUACCCAGGUCGGCCACCGUCAGGGUUUACGAUGACCUCGUCUCCAGGAUCAUCUCUAACAACGACCGCGGCUCUGACGUGUCCGCGGGCAACAGACUGGCGGAGGCGGUGGUCGAUGGAGUCAAGGCUUGUAAUCUUGACUGGGGAGGAGCGGUCAGCUGCAUGCGGAGGGGCUACCAGGUGUUGCGUGGGCUGAUCAGUGACCACAACUGCAUGACCGGCGGCACUCCCCCACCCAUCCAGAUCACAGACAUACCCACCUUCCAGAUCUGGCUGGACACUUGCCAAGAUAACUGGGACACUUGCCCGUCACAGUGAGAGAGUCUUUGUCUGUGGAUGAAAAGACGACUUUCCAUGACAGAGAGGAAUGUUUGUCUGUGGAAGAAAAGCCAACUUUUCCCAUCACAGUGAGGAAAUCUUUGUGAUUGAAAAGCCGACUUGCCUGCCACAGUGAAGGAGUCUUAGUUUGUAGAUAAGACCGUUUUUCUUAUCACAGUAAAGAGCUAUGUGGAUGAAAAGCCGUUUUUCUUUCACAGUGAGAAGUAUUUGCUGUGGAUGAAAAACUGACUUUUCUCAUCACAGUGAGGAAUUUUUGUCUGUGGUUGAAAAGCCGACUUUCCUUCACAAAGAGGAAUGUUUGCCUAAUGUUGAAAAGACGACUUUUCUUAUCACGUGAGGGAGUCUUUGUCUGUGGUUGAAAAGACGACUUUCCAUCACAGAGAGGAGAAUCUUCGUCUGUGUUUGAAAAGCCGACUUCCCAUCAUUACAGAUAACUUUUCCGGGAAACUUCUAACAUGUCACUGAUGAUGAAUAAACUACUGAGUUUUGAAAUUAAAACGUCUUUUCUUUCUCUUAUGUGUCAUUAGUAUCGAUGUUUUGAUUACUGAAGAAUGUUUAAUAGUCUUUCCAUAUUAUUUUGGUAUAUUUGUUUCUAACAAUGUCAAUAAAAGCCUGAAAGUUGUACACAAAAA